AUGCCGAUUUUGAAUGAUAUCGAUGUAAUGGAUAUGCUUACAAGUUCAUGUGAUAGCAAAAGAGUGGAGGUGGUGAUUGUAGUUAAAGAUCAUGAAGAAGAUAUGGGUUUUACAGAUGACACUCAGUGCAGUGAUAUGCAGAACUUUAGUGUGAAUAUAAGGUCAAACAAUGACAUAAUAGUUGAUGGAUUGUGUGAAGGUUCCUUUGCAGCUCAAGUUGAAGAGAAAAAUUCUUUAUGUGUUGAUUCGCAUUUCGAAGAUGCAUCAAGUUUCAAACAAGCUAUUCGUACCAAUGCAAUUUUACAGAAUUAUGCUAUCAAAAUUAAAGCAAGUGACAAAUAUAGAGUUAUUGUUAUUUGCACAUAUCGAGGGGUUAACAGAGCGGGGAAUAAGCAAGCUAGUACAAGCUGGAUCGCUCAGGAAAUCAAGGACCUCGUGAAAAGAAACCCUGAUAUUACACCAAAGGAUAUUAGUAAUAACUUGGAGACAGCUUUUAAUGUUGACAUUGAGCAUGUAGCGUUCAUAUCAGAUAUGGAGAAAGGGCUUGGUGAAGCAAUUAAAUUGAAGUUGGUUUGGUCUACUGCAAAUUGCUACAACAUGCAUGAGUAUAAUUCAAAGUUACAACAAAUAUUGCUCAUCAGCCCACAAGUCCAUUCAUACCUAAUGUCUUUAGCAUGCAAGUGUUCUAAAGCAACUUUCUCGAAGGUUAUUAAAAACCACUACAACACAAAUAACAUGGUUGAAUCCUUCAAUUCGUGGAUAGAGGAGGCAAGGAGUAAUAAGCCCGUUGUUGAUUUGAUCGACAUGAUAAGAGGUAUGUUGAUGGAACAAUGUUCUCAGCAGAAAUUAAAUUCUAAUUCUUGGAAGAGCCCUCUUAUACCAUGCGUGGAGGAGUACAUUAGAGAUGUAACAACUACAAAAGAGCAUUUUAUUAUACGUCGGUCUAAUCCAACAAAUGCUGAAGUUGAAGGAAUAAAGGAUCGUCUUGAAGUCAACAUAGAGAAUCAUAUGUGUACUUGUGGAUUUUGGCAGUUAUCUGGGCUUCCUUGUGUACAUGCUGCGGCAUUUGUAGGAAUGAGUCAUCAGAAUUUGUGGCACACAUACAUAGAUGAACAUUAUUACAGCUACAGGUAUAUAAUGGCUUAUGAAAGAGCUAUCUCAACACUUCCAGGGAAGGAACAGUGGUCCAUACCUACUGAUUCCAUAUUCGUUUCUCCACCAAUUUUGAUGUUACUGUUUAGACUGAAUUUUGCUGUAACAGACUUUCUUGUUAUAGAUUUUGAUGUAAGAGAUUUUAGAUUCAGCGUAUGGGCUCAUUAUGAAUUUUCUUGUACCAGAUUAUGA